AUGGUGAGAAUUUUAUGUUUACUACAUGUGAUUGCGCCUACUUUUGCUCCAGCAUUGGGUGAUACAACCACUACUGACCAAUCCGAGACUGCCAGUGAGACUCCAAGCACACCCGUCUCCGAUUUUCCUGCCCGGCUCCAAACCCCCAGAGCUAAUAGAGGAGAGAAGAAGCAUCAGUUUGUUCCCAAAACCGUGAUCAAGUCUGAGUUUUGCAUACCAUGUGGAAGAAGAACAAAGUUUGGCAAGAUGUACCUCCGCUGCCAGGAUUGUAGGAUUGUGACCCACCCAGAGUGUCGUGACUGCUGUCCCCUGCCCUGUAAUCCCACAGCGGUUGGCACUCCCAUUAAGAACACGGAGAUCACCCUGGCUGACUUUGCUCCAGCCACCUCCCCAAAGAUCCCAGCCUUGGUUAUCUACUGCAUUAGGGAGAUUGAACAAAGAUCCUUGCACCAGGUUGGCCUGUACAGAGUCUCUGGCCAAGAGCGCAUGGUGAAAGAGCUGAAGGAGAAGCUGAUUAGAGGAAAGACUCUGCCUCCACUUAAUAAAGUGGAUGACAUUAACGUCAUUACAGGUGUCCUCAAAGACUUCCUCAGAAACCUGCCAGAGCCACUGCUCACCUUCAACCUCAACAAAGCCUUCAUAAAAGCAGCCGAAAUCCAGGAUGAUGGCAACAGUCUCGCAAUGCUGUAUCAGACCAUCAGCGAGCUGCCUCAACCAAACCGAGACACUCUGGCCUGCCUGAUGAUCCAUCUACAGAAGUAA